AUGCCUAUUAUCUACAACAUUACAACUGAAAGACAAUUCCAACGACUAGUAUCCAAAGCCAAUGCCAUCAAUGUGCUUAACUUUUGGGCUUCAGGGGCAGAGCCCUGCACACACAUGAACAAAGUAUUCUGCGAGUUGGCGGACAGUUUUCCCUCCUUGACCUACAUCCAGGUUGAAGCAGAGGCAUUUCCAGCCAUAGCACAAUCGAUGCAUGUGGGACCUGUGCCCAGCUUUUUGAUAGUCAAGGAGAACCGUACGUUGGAUGUUGUUAACGGGGCCCAAGCAACUGAAUUAUCCAACUUGGUUGCGAAAUACAACAAUGCACAAGACUCAAAGCCGCACACUUUCAGCGACAAUGAACUGGAGUUCCGUCUUCGAGAUUUGAUCCAAACGGAUCAUGUCAUGGUAUUCAUGAAGGGAAAUCCAAGCAAGCCUCGCUGCGGGUUUUCCAGACAAGUGGUGGAAUUGUUGGCAGAGUUACAAGUGAAAUACAGUUCGUUUGAUAUUCUGACGGACGAUCAAGUAAGACAAGGACUCAAAGCCUUAUCAGACUGGCCAACGUAUCCUCAAAUUUACGUCAAAGGCGAAUUGGUAGGUGGAUUAGAUUUAUUGAAAGAAAUGAUUGCAUCUGGUGAAUUUCAAGACAUGGUAUAA